CUUGUCGGGACUCGGAGAUAAAUACGGGAAACAGAAAACCCAGACAGCACCACGUUUGGCAAAGAGUGCGUAGUGGUGGGAAGAAUGAGUACGGUGAAGAGAAUCAAGCUGGGCUCACAGGGUCUGGUGGUUUCGGCACAGGGACUAGGAUGCCUGGGCAUGUCCGCCUUCUAUGGCCCUCCAAAGCCAGACGAGGACAUGAUCCCCGUCAUCCAUCAUGCCAUCAACCGUGGCAUCACCUUCCUCGAUACCUCCGACGUGUACGGCCCCUUCAUCAAUGAAAUCCUUCUCGGCAAGGCUCUGAAGGGAGGAAUGCGGGAGAGAGUUGAGCUGGCUACGAAAUUCGGGGUCAUAAUCAAGGACGGAAAGUUUGAGGUGCGUGGGGACCCGGCGUAUGUGAGGGCGGCGUGCGAGGGGAGCUUGAAGAGGCUGGAGGUUGACUGUAUUGAUCUCUAUUACCAGCAUCGCAUCGACACUCGCCUGCCCAUUGAAGUCACGAUGGGAGAACUGAAGAAACUAGUUGAAGAGGGUAAGAUAAAAUACAUAGGUCUGUCUGAGGCCUCUGCUUCAACAAUCAGAAGAGCUCACGCUGUUCAUCCCAUAACAGCUGUGCAGUUGGAGUGGUCCUUGUGGGCACGAGAUGCAGAGGAAGACAUAAUUCCUACUUGCAGAGAACUCGGCAUUGGGAUUGUUGCAUAUAGUCCUCUAGGGCGUGGAUUCCUUUCUUUAGGGGCCAGGGUGGCCGAGAACCUGUCAAAUGAUGACUACAGGAAGACUCUACCACGAUUCCAACCCGAGAAUAUUGAGCAUAACAACAUCCUUUUUGAGCGGGUUAAGGAAAUUGCAACAAGGAAGGGAUGCACUACAUCACAGCUAGCUCUGGCCUGGGUCCAUCACCAGGGGGAUGACGUGUGUCCCAUACCAGGAACUACCAAGAUUGGGAACCUGGACCAGAACAUUGGGGCCUUGUCACUCACACUAACACCAGAGGAAAUGGCUGAACUGGAAUCCAUUGCUUCAGCAGUUGCCAUUAAGGGUGACAGAUUCCAGGGUACCUCACUUACCUGGAAGGCCUCAGAUACUCCACUCCUUGCUUCCUGGAAAGCUUGAAGGACAUUAAUAUAUAAUGAGUGGUUGAUUGUGCUUGUGUUUGUUUGGAGUGUUCAAAAGCUAUGCCGAGUUCCUAAACCUUGCUGCAUCAGAGAGUGUAUUUCUGAUAAAGGAAAUGUAUUUUUCUGAUUUCCAGAAGAUCAGAAUGGUAAAGUUUUAAGCUUAGGAGAUGUUUGAAAGCCAAUUGAAUCUUUAAAAGAAUUGCCAUAAUCUUGUAUUACCGCAGAAAUCUUGUAAGCUGAUACCAGAAGUGGUUGUUCUAUACCUUAUGGACGUUAUGUUAGGUUCUGGGAAAGAAAAAAAUGAACU